AUGGAUUUUUUAAAUUUUUUGACUGUCAUCGCCAUCAUCACAUUUGAAAUUGGAACAAUACCAUCAUGGGCAGUUGAAAUUGAUUUAUAUACGAAAUCAUAUUAUCUGAACUGUGGCACUUUAAGUGGUUGCCAACAAUUCAGUUAUCCAUGGACAUAUCGUGGGAAAUAUAUUGAAAAUCAAAUUUAUGAUUUCAAUGCGUUUGAAAAUGGAGGAAAUUUUUGUCAUGGCCAAUUAUCAAUUACAUCAAGAAAUGAAACGCAUUAUAGAAUCUUUUUAAGAGGAAGGUCGGAUCCGGAUCGUGAAUGUGAUUUAAACAAACAACCAAAUCUAGCGGAUCAAUGCAGUGCUUGUUUCAGUCGUCUUGAAUUCAUCUCUGGUGGCUGGUGCAUGAAUGAUGAAGCAUCAACACAUUACAAUUCGAUUAUUGAUCAACAUAGUUUGGGUGCCGAAUUUUUACGUGAUCAAUUAGGUGAAUGUGCUAGACCGAAAAUCGGCUGGCAAAUCGAUCCAUUCGGUCAUUCACGCGAAGUCGCUUCGCUUUUUGCUCAGAUGGGUUUCGAUGGGCUGUUUUUUCGACGAGCCGAUUAUGAAGAUCUUGACCAACGAGAAAGAACUAAAACAAUGGAAAUGGAUGAUCCUAGUUCACCUGAAUACAAUGUUCCCGAACGUGUUCAAGCUUUUAUUAACAUUGCACACAAUGAGUUCACAUUGACGCUCUGGAAUCCGACUAUUCAUCCUGUAACACAGCUUGCUCAUGUACCCGUUACAAACGACUAUACAAUUCGUGAUCCAGUAGGACAAAUUAUUACGGCUGAGCAUCUUCGAAUCGAAUUCGAUGAUAAAGGCAAUAUGCAUAAGAUCGUCAAUAAAGAUAAGCAGAUUGCUAUUCCAUUGGCUGCUCAAGGCUUGUAUUGGUAUCCAUCCUAUCCGGGCAAUAAUUCUGGACCGGACUUUCAAGGAUCCGGUGCUUACAUUUUCCGACCAUGGUGGCAGGAAGCUCGUCCCGUGAAUGAUUCACGAACGAUCAUAUGUACACUCACCGAAACUGUACAAUCGGCAUUAAUUAUCUACAAUGAUUGGGCUAGUUUUGAAGUGAGUCUACAUUCCGAAUCGCUUGCUAUCGAACUCGAGUGGACAGUUGGACCUAUAGCAAUUGAUGACAAUAUCGGCAAGGAAGUUAUCAUGCGUUAUGAUACUGAUAUUGAAAGUGCAGCGACAUUCUAUACAGAUGCUAAUGGACGUGAAGUUCUACAACGUAUACGUGAUUAUCGACCAACAUGGAAUUAUACUGUGACUGAACCUGUUAGUGGCAAUUAUUAUCCCGUCAGUAGUCGUAUUUGGGUCAAAGAUAGUACACGACAAUUUACAGUUCUUACAGAUCGAUCAGAAGGUGGCUCAAGUAUGAAAGAUGGUUCGAUCGAAGUUAUGCUACAUCGACGAAUAUUACACGAUGAUUCACUGGGUGUUGGUGAACCAUUGAAUGAAACUGCUUAUGGUCAAGGUCUUGUCGUACGUGGUCGACACUCAUUGAUUUUGGAACCACCGACAACAAGUGCACGAAAUCAUCGAGUCAAUGCUCAACGGAUGUAUAUGCACACACUAGCAACCUAUGCAGCACCCGAAUUAUCUUAUGCUGAUUAUUCGAGUAAAUAUCGUCAAACAUGGUCGGCACUUUCCAGUAGCAUGCCUAUUAAUGUGCAUCUGUUGACAUUUGAUCAGUUGAAAUCGAAGCAAUAUCUUGUGCGGGUUGAACACUUUUUUGAACUGAACGAAGAUGCUGUCUAUUCGCAACCGACUACAUUCGAUUUGCAAUCUCUGUUUAAUAGUCUAGGUUCGAUAAAAGAGUUACUCGAAUUAACACUCGGUGCUAAUAUGCCGUUGGCCGAUGUUCAUCGCCUUGUUUGGGUAACUACUGAGGGUGAAGUGUCCAAUAGUACAUCCAAACAAUCCUCACUGACAGGCACAAUGGUUACACUCAAUCCAAUGCAAAUUCGAACAUUUCAAGUAACACUUCAAUAA